AUGGCCCACACACCGAUGAAGUCACUGGUAGCCCUUGCCACCGAGAAGCUUCUUCUGAAGACCUCUGGCAACACGUUCCUCGAAGGGGUUGCCUUCAUGUACAGCGCGGGCCUAUCCCCAGAUCGGGUCUCCGUGAUGCGGACACAGGAAGACAAGAAGUACAUUUUGAUGUUCCACUCCAAAUGCGACAUCCGGCCAUUUGCGGCAAACUAUGCAUCGUUCGACAGAGUCCUCCGUGGACUCGUACACAUCCGCGCGUGGCACCUAAAAUCGAUUGAAUUCGUCGACAUCGAUUUCCGGUCAAAGGACAUGCCGCACUUGGAGAGAACGAUCGACAAACUAGGCGUUGACCUGGUCGUGUUGCGGAAUUGCACAUACCACGGAAUCCAGCCCGGCGAGGAAUCGCAGAAGCUUCUAAACGCGUUGAACAGGAAAAAGCAAGCGGUUGUCUGUGAAUACGGCGACACACGGCUGAAGCAUCGCUUAUGCCGACGCCCGACCGCACCGGCCCCCGACGUCCCUGCGCUUGGACAGCAAAACGUUCCCGAUGAUGAUGCCGUUUCAAUGAUGGCGCCGGCAGCACCACGUCCGCAGAAUCACAGGGCCAGACGUGUUUCAGGAAGAAGCCGUAUGGAUCUCCACGAAUCUCUGGAUGUUGUGGUGCAGCAUUUGAAAAGCAACAUCCAAUGGAUCUUACUACCAGCCGGCCUCUACGCAAUUUCAAAGUUGGCCCAGAAGCUCGUCCCCGGCCCGCACAACCAACCUCGCCUCAGCUUCCGCGACAAAACUGUCCUGAUUACAGGUGCUUCAACGGGUCUUGGCCGCGCCCUGGCCACCGAGCUGUACGCACGUGGCGCAAAGCUGAUCCUCACCGCCCGCUCGAUUGACAAGCUUCGUGAGCUCGCCGAGGAGCUGAAGGCGUCUGGUGUUCAAAACAAGCACGAGCCGGCAUACCGAUCUGGAAAAACUGGUCGAGCUGUCGAUCGACGGGAAGACGAUCGAUGUCCUCAUCAACAACGCCGGUCUCUCGAAUCGCGGCCCGAUUACCGACACGCCGAUCAAGAUUCAGCGACAAAUUAUGGAAGCAUGCCAUUUUACUUGUUAUUUAAUAUUUUACUCCAGGUAAACUACUUUGGCCACAUCACGGUGACAAAAGCCCUGCUGCCGUUUAUUCCGGACGAAGGGUGUAUCAUUGUUACGAGCAGCUUGCAAGGGCGCGUUGCAGUGCCAUAUCGAAGCGCAUAUUCGGCGAGUAAGCACGCUCUGCAGGGUUUCUUCGAUUCGAUGCGAGGCGAGGAGCGCCACAACCUGCAGAUCCUCAUCGUGUCGGCUGGCUAUAUGAAUACCGGAUUUGGCGCGAAGGCUCUUGACAUCAAUGGGCAACCAGUGGCAAAGGAGGACCAGGACCAAGCCAAGGGCUAUUCUUCAGAAUAUUCGGCCAAAGCUAUCCUGGAUUCCGCGGAAAGAAGAGACAUCGAGCUCAUCCUAGCCCCGUUCGUCCACAGAACCGGAAUUUUCUUGAGAUGGCUUUGGCCGACUCUUUUCUACCGCCUGAUGUACAAGCGCAGUCUCAAGGAUGAAUACGGGAAGAAGCAACAA